AUGCCGCCGUCAAAGAAGAGAAAGACCACCCGCUCCGGCGCUGCACAGACCGUGCCAGAACCAGCCGUCGAGACUGAAGCCACCGAAACAACAGCGACCGUCGAAGAACCAGCGGUCGAGCAGCCCACCGAAAAAGAACCAUCACCACCGCCAUCAAAUUCCGAACCCUCUGCCUCUACCUCCACCUCUGCUCCUGCCCCCGCUCCCGAGCCCGACCCCGAACCCGAAGCAGCGCCAGCCGCGACAGCCCAAGACCGCCUCGCCCGCUUCCGCGCCCUACAAGCCCGCGCCAAAGCCUCCUCGCACCAAAACCUCCAAGAAGCCACCAAAGAAUCCCAACGCCUCGCCACCGACCCCUCCCAACUGACCGCCCUGAACCGCAAACACGCCAUCGCCUCCCACAAACUCCUCAAAGCCGACACCGAAGACGCCGGCGAAGACUUCGAGCGCAAGCGCGCCUGGGACUGGACCAUCGAAGAGAGCGAGCGGUGGGACAAGCGCACGCGUAAGCGCGAAGCCCACCGCGACGAUACGGCGUUUAAGGAUUAUGCGAGGGAGAGUGAAAAGGCGUAUAAGCGGCAGUUAAGGAAUAUGGGGAAUCCCGAUCUGGAAAGGUAUACCAGGGAGAAGAUGGCUGCCAUAGAAAAAGCGGCGGCGGCGGGGACGUUGGAUAUUGUGGAGACGGAGGACGGGGAGAUGAUUGCGGUCGAUCGGGACGGGUCGUUUUUUAGUACGGCCGAGUCGACGGCUGCUUUUACGCAGCAUAAGCCGGAGAAGGCGGCGGUGGAUCGGUUGGUGGCGGAUUUGAGGAAGGCCGAGGAGGCGUCGUUGAGGAGGAGGAAGGAGAGGAUGGCGAAGAAUGGGGAGGAUGGAGGGGAUGUGACGUAUAUUAAUGAGAAGAAUAAGCAGUUUAACCAGAAGCUGGCGAGGUUUUAUAAUAAGUAUACGGCGGAGAUUCGGGAGAGCUUUGAGCGGGGGACUAUGGUCUAG